AUGAAUAAAUUUGAAUUGGCUCUCCAAACUUAACAGGAAUUAUUUAACUACAUUCUAUCAACAUAAUGGAAAGAUGAUUCAGAGAAAUAACAAUUAGGAGUAAUUUUUGAGAAACUUCAAACAACAUGUAAUAUUAAAUUGGAAAUGGAUGACUUCUUCACCAAAGAAAAGCAAGAAUAGUUGAAAUCCUAUUUAUACGAAAAACAAUAGCAUAUCAGAAAGAUUAAUAAAAGCUUAUAGGAAACUCUAAAGAAAUAAGUGUAAGGUCAUUAAUCUCCAUCCUGCGUAAUUGCCUAAUUGCCUCCCAGAUUCAAAAACAACAAAGAGUCAUACCUCUAAUAGAUUAAUUAUUUCAAAAGCAAUUUGAUAGAAUUAAAGAGUUGCCAUUCAAAAUUAUGUCAGAAUAUAGAAUUAAAACAAAUUAGAGAGGCUAUAACAAAGUAAAUUAGCUUAUUGUAAAUUGCGGAAAAUUUUAAAUUUGAACUAAAUUGUUUAGAAAGUGAAUUAAUGCAAAAUCGACUUUAAUUAAGCGAAUAAUUUGAGACAAUCAGAAAAUAAAUUGAAAUUGUUAUUGAGGACAUUUAGCUACAAAAUUUAGUGAGUCAUUGCACUGCAAUUACGAAAGCAAAUAUUCUAUUGAAGAAAUAACUUAUUAUUGUAAAGCAAAUAAAUUCAUUUGAAACAAAAGAUUUUUAUUUGUAAAUGUUGGAAAUAGAUAAAGAGAAUAAGCAAACUAGUUACUCCCAAGACACUGAUAUUACAAGUCAACAAUCGCCUUAAAAAAAUUGUGAUUAACAUCAGAUUAUGAACAAAAAUCUUAGAAGUCAAGAAUGUUUGUGUACAAUCUUCUGAUGUGAUUUAAAUGUGUAUUAUAAAAAACAGAAAA